AUGGAUAACAGGAGGAUGGAAGAGACGUUUGCAAAGAAGGAUAUGGAAAGGAGGGUAGAGGAGUUGGAGGAAGAGGAGGAGAAAUUGAGGAGAGCUAGGGCAAAGGCGGAGGUGCGAGACCGAGCGACGUCGCCGUUUCCGGACGUCGCGCCGGACAGGCGGAACCGACAGACGUCGCCACUCUCCGGAGUCGUGCUGAGCAGGCGUGACCGGGCAACGUCUUCGCUCCGGUGUGCUGCCUUCGGUGGUAGGGAGGCGCUGGUCGGCGAAGAUGGUAGCCUCCUCAUAGGACUGACCGGUUCUCAAAGAGAGGGCAACGCGGAGACCUUUGUCAAGAAGCUCCGCGAAGUGGUGCUGGAGGCAAGGGUCUCCAGGCCGUCGAGGGCGGGGGAGAUCGGAAUCGUCAGAAUAGACGAGUCGGUUCUCCCCGACGAGGUCGUGGAUUCCCUCGCCGCCUGCGGAGGAUGCGGCUGGGCCCCGUACCCCUCCGAAGGGGGUCGGAGGGGUAUGGGGGCUGCGUGGGUGCAGCUCUCCCUGGCAGCGGCAAUAACCGUCGCCAAGGAAGGGAGGCUGACGCUGGGGUGGACGACAGCUCGGGUGAAGUUUCUGUCCAGUCGUCCACUCCAGUGUUAG